GUGUGUGUGUGUGUACUCCAUUCAAGUGGAUGAAAGAAGCUUUGCCUGCGUCGUCCACCAUUUCCAAAAAUACUGUGUUGUGUUGCUGCCUUACCAGUACUGGAGUUACAGGUGAAGGGCAAAACAAGCUUCCGGAAUCCUUCUUUGUCACCAUUUUUUAGUCAAACUACUUCAAGGAACACUAUCUUUCAUUUAGAAAAAAAAAAAAAAAAAACAUUUUCCGUUACUUUCGAAAGAGGAGUGAGCUGAAGACAGGAAAUCUGACCACCUUCCAGCAUUUUCCAGGCAAGAAUGGGUUAACACUGGUCAGCCAUUCAGCCAUGGUAGUGACCCAUCUGGCUCUGGAGCUGCGUUUCCAGGGGAAGAAGCUGAGAGGCUUCUCAUGCAGACUGACCCGAUCGGCCCACGGCUUCCUGCCGGAGAGCUCGUGGAUCAUCACACUGCAGGUCCUGCUGCCCUACCUGGUGUCCGGCCUGGGCAUGGUGGCAGCUGGGAUAGUCAUGGAUACAGUGCAACACUGGGAGGUGUUUAAGGAGAUCUCCGAGGUUUUUAUUUUGGUGCCAGCUCUAGUGGGGCUGAAGGGGAAUCUGGAGAUGACAUUGGCAUCUAGACUGUCAACAGCAGCCAACAUGGGGCAGAUGGAUGAGGCUCGGCAGCAGUGGAGGAUGGUGCUCUGUAAUCUGGCUCUCAUUCAGGUCCAGGCCACAGUUGUGGGCUUCCUGGCAGCGGUAGCAGCAGUCGGUCUUGGGGGUCUGACCAGGGGGCGAGUGGAUGUUACCCAGGCUGCUGUCCUGUGUGCCAGCAGCGUCACGACUGCUUUCAUCGCUGCACUGUCUCUAGGUCUGGUGAUGGUGGCAGUGAUUAUCGGAUCCAGGAAAGUGGGCAUCAACCCAGAUAAUGUGGCCACGCCCAUCGCCGCCAGCCUCGGAGACCUGACCACUCUGUCUCUGCUUGGUGGGGUCAGCAGCCUCUUUUUCUGUUACAGAGACAUGUGGUACCUGCCUCCAGCGGUGUGUGGCUUCUUCCUGCUACUUAUCCCAGUGUGGGUCAUUAUUGCCCGUCGUUCCCCAGCAAUCAGAGAGGUCCUAAAGUCUGGCUGGCAACCUGUCAUUUUGGCCAUGUCUAUCAGCAGUAUUGGUGGUCUGGUUCUUGAUAAGACAGUGAGCAAUCCAAGCUACGAGGGUAUGGCAGUGUUCACUCCAGUCAUCAAUGGUGUAGGGGGAAACCUGGUGGCCAUCCAAGCGAGCAGAAUGUCCACCUACCUCCACUACUGGAGCGUUCCUGGAGCUCUUCCAUUUAAAAUGAAUGGGAACUGUCCUGGACCCUGUGCCACCUUCUGCUCCUCAGAUGUGAAUUCCAAAUCAGCCAGAGUCCUGGUCACCCUCGUUGUCCCGGGUCACCUCUUCUUCCUGUACACCAUUCACCUCCUGCAGGGAGGCCAUACUGCCAUGACCCCCAUCUUCAUCAUCUGCUAUCUGUCUGCUGCUCUGCUUCAGGUGGUGAUUUUGCUGUAUGUGGCUGGUUUCAUGGUACAAUGGCUGUGGCGAAGGGGACUGGACCCAGACAACUUCUCCAUCCCCUACCUCACAGCGCUAGGUGACCUGUUGGGGACUGGCUUCUUGGCUCUGAGCUUCAGACUGAUACUGACGGUCACUUCUGCUGGGACUGGAGUUUGACACCAACAUAUGGUCCUGUACACUCAGAAUGUACUCUAUACAUUCUCUAUAUGCAAGUGGCUUAAACACACUGCAAAGUUCAUUGGGUGUUAAAAGGAAAGUGAGGAUGACACCAGCUAUAAGUAUGCGGUUAUAUUUGUGCCUCAACACUGUGAUGUGAUGGGACAGAAAAAUACUGUUUUGCAAGAAUAUACAUUCUAUUUUGUAGACAAAUUGUUACGCAAAUAACAAUUCAAUGUGAGCUCAUCCUUUCUGUUCAACAAAUGGAUUUGUGUUUGCUAUAGUCAUUAUAGAGCAGAGUAAUAAGCUCUCAAUCAUUUUGCUCAGAUCUCAGCAGCUCACAUGAUGCCCCAACAUGUCUACUCACAUUUGCUUUGCACAACCUGACACAGUGUUACCAUGUGUCUAGACACAGCGCAAAACAAAUUAUAGAGGCAGCACAAUUGCAUAGUAAGUCAAAGGAAACUGCCAGUGAGUUAGCCCAUGGCAAUGCAAACUGUCACAAGGCCACAUGUGUACAAGUUCAGAAUGUUCCCGCUCGAGGAAAGAAAUUGCAUGUAUCCUGGAGCUGUAUGCAUCUGCUACACAAAUGUACAGGGAUGAGAGAAAAAAGGAAAGAGAGAGGAGAGAAAUGGGGUUUCUGAGCUCAGCUAAACACUCAACUAACUAGCUGAUAGCUAACAUAGAGUUAGCACACUGGUUGAAGGAGGGUCGGGGGGGGGGGAAUAAAUACAGGUAGUUAGCUGAUGCACAGUUGCUAAAAUAGUUGUAGCUUGCUAAGCUAGCAGGCUAACUCGACCAAAAAAACCCAGAAAAAAGUUCCAUUUCAUGAUUAAACUCACCGAACAGUUUGUACAGUAUAUGUAAAACCCUGGCUGGAGAGUAAUAUUUAUAUAGCUAGCUGUCUUGUUAAUUAGGUUCAUUACCAUUUCAUAGUAUUCUUUUAAAAUGCCUAGCCAACUAACUUGCGUAAGAAUGUGGGUACGUUCAUAAAUAGUCUCAAUCAGCAGAGCAUCAAUAGCAGUCUGAAUUUCGUACAGAGAAAAUGGCAACAUUUUGGGGAAAAAGUGGCUGGCCAAUGUUAACCCAUCCAUCGUCUGUAACCACUUCAUCCCUUUUUAUUGGGUUGCUGGGUUUUUGCUGGAGCCAAUCCCAGCUGUCUCUGGGCGAGGGCAGGGUACACCCUGGACAAGUCGCCAGCUCAUCACAGGGCCCUCACUGAUGGCAGCGGUGCCAAUGCAAGGUGCCAACCCCAUAUCAGGAGCAGUUCAGGGUUCAGUAUCUUGCUCAAGGACACUUUGACAUGCAGCUCAGCACUGCAUGACAGUGACAGUAGGGGAGUUGAACCAGCUACCGUCUGAUCACUAGCCAACCUGCUCUACCCGCUGAGAUACAGCUGCCCACCCAAUGUUUAACCUGUUAGUUUAAUUCAUACACUAAGGGCAUGCUUUCAUUCUUUGAACACAUCACUUUGGAGCAUCAGAUUGGAUCCACAAACACACCCACAGUGACAGAGGUUAUUAUUGUGUGCUAACAUACAUGCUGUGAUAGCAAACACUUACCUUCAUUUACUGAGAACAGAAUUUCUUUUUUUGCACAAAUUCAAAUAUUGAAAUUAAGAUAAUAAUUUGUCCCGAAUAUAAUAACCAGUGUUUUCUGUGCUCAUGAUAUCCCUUCAAGGCACAAAGAUAAGAGGUUGCACACCGUAAGUACACACAAAGGUGAGGACAGCGUGGACAUUUUUUGCACUUUGGUCUCCAUAUUUGCCAGCUCACUGUGGUCUGUAGUUGCACACUGUUCCCUGGAGCUGCACUUGUAUUAUCAUCACCCAGCUUGGCUUUAUAGAAGCAACAUCCAUCUAAAAUGGACACAAGUGGGAAUACUGUAGAACCACUGUAUUGUGAACUGUCGACACAUCUGUAUACCUAUUGUCAGCUCUUAAAUGUUAGAUGGCAAAUGAUUGUAAUAAGGCAAUAAUAAUAUAUAAUUGAGUGUAAAUGUAUAUUAACAUUACUCAGAUGCUGCACUGUCUGGACGAAUGUUAGGUUUUAUUAUGUUUAUUUUAUGUAGAUUUGUGCCUUUAAACCGUGAUAAGCCUUCAGUUCUCUGAUGUGUUUCUAUGAAUGUUUUGCCAAAUUUCUACUGAACAUUUUAGUUUUGUGGCACUGAAUAUAGCCUGUUGUACUUUACUGUAUCCACGUUAGUAUGUGUUGACAAUACAUGUAUUUCUUUGUGCUAUUUUUGUUAACAAAUUAUUUAGUAUGGAUCUCUCUAUAUGGGGACUUUUCAAUUGUUUGAUAUGCACUUUUAGAGAAGAUGCUUGACUUUACCUGAUCUGACAACAGCAUCCAAAGAUGGUAAUAAUCCUAUUGUCACAGUGACAUCAAGCUUGACUGGACUUUGUAGUGCUCUCACAUUUGUAAAAACUUCUGGAUGACAUCUUUGCAGCCAUGAUUUGUCACUGAAAUAAAAGACUGACAUGUAAGCCAUGA